AAGUAUAGUAGCGCCAUCACUCUAUUUACUUUGACAGAUUCCAGUAACCAAGUCUUAAACUGGACGGCUUAUAAUGACUUAGCAUUAAGAUCUGUGGAAGCAUAGUAGACAAAAUAAGACGUGUAUAAAUGAAUUCAAAACUACGCGAUCUACUAUCUUGAAAUGACGGAAGGAGUUUAACCAUAUUAUUUCGAGGUGGCCUUUGCGUAUGCCGACUUGGAGCGGUAGUUAACCAAUCACGUUGCUAAACCACGCACAAAACUCGAAAGCGCCCAAAGGACGGUGAAUCACUGAGCCCCGACGACUCGUCAGACCGGCACAACUCGCGUGUAACAGUGAUAACAAGACGUGAACCGCAAAAUUGGCAGAGCACUUCCCGCGACAACUACUUUAUUCUUCGAUCAAGGCUGAAGAGCCUUUUUAAGAAUGGAUACUUUGUGGAGCCUUUUAGCGUUACUAGUGCUGUGUAUAUCAUUCUCCAAGUGCGCUGAGGAGAGUGUUAUGGAUCUACAAGCCCAGCUGCGCUACAUGGCUCAACAGCUACAGGCUUGCGAGGGCGACCUGCCUUCCUUGUCUGCUUUCGACUUGAAACUGCACUAUCUUACAGACGUAAAUACAACCUGUAACGAUGGUUCGCCAGCAGGUUACUACUUAAAAGAAUCUCCUAAAAGCAAGCGCUGGCUGGUCUACCUGGAAGGUGGCUGGUUUUGCUACAACCAGAUGUCAUGUAAUAUUAGAGCAAAUUCGCAAAUGCGUUAUCUGAUGACUUCAAAAAACUGGAGUAAGACCAAGCGAGGUAGCGGUAUGCUAUCACCGCAACCCGAGGAAAACCCAAACUGGUGGAAUGCCAAUCAUGUGCUUAUUCCAUACUGUUCAAGCGAUGCGUGGAGUGGGAAUGCCUCCCGUCACGAGACUGGGGAAAAGUUUUCGUUCCUUGGCGCGCGCAUCCUCGAAAAAGUGAUAGAAGACUUGCUACCACGUGGUUUGUACAAAGCAAAGCAUUUGCUAUUGGCUGGCAGUAGUGCUGGUGGGAUCGGUGUUAUUCUGAACUUGGACCGGAUUUCCACCAAGCUUCACGCCAUGGGCUCCGCGGUGGAGGUGCGCGGACUUGCGGACUCCGGGUGGUACUUGAGUGACAGGCCUUUUGAGUCGUCAUGUCCCCCUGGGAUAAAGGAGUGUGGCCCAGUCAAGACCAUCAAGGAAGGAAUGAUGUACUGGAGAGGAAUAGUCCCUGAGAAUUGCACAAAAGAGAACCUACUCCAACCCUGGAUGUGCUACUUUGGCGAAACUGUCUACCCAACGAUCAGAGCUCCGCUAUUUAUCUUCCAAUGGUUGUACGACGAAGCUCAGCUCGCCCUCGAUGGUUCAAUUCAACCACGUGGUAUUCAAACGAUCGACCUGAAACAAAUCAAGACUAUCUUCAAAAUUGGCAGGAAGAUUCGAGAAUCUCUAAAAAGGGCAAGGGUUCGACACGUGUUCUCACCGGCCUGCAUCUCGCACACCAUUCUCACCCACAGCAGCUGGCUGAAUAUCCGUCUCAAGGGCGCGUCCCUGAACGAUAUAUUAACGAGCUGGUACCAUACAGAUGGACAUGAAGAUGGCCAUGGAAAACACGGCCAUGGAAAACACGGCCAUGGAAAACGCGGCCCUGAAAACCAGCAUCACUGGUCCACACACCAAGUGGACCACUGUUUAUACAUCCAGUGUAACCCGACCUGCCCCAUCCCCAGGAAUCCGUUUACUGGUAAACCAUACCCCAUGAAGCUCCCUGGCCAUUUACCUGGCAUACCACUCAGUAGAAUAGACUCCUUCAUGAAUAUACCUUCUAAUUUAAAUCGGGACUAAGAAGUCUGUUCGGUAUUCGAUUUGUCAGCCUUGGACGAACAUUGGGCUUGGUGUUGGGCAGGGGAUUCUUUUAUUAAAGAGAUAGUGCCAUAGUGUAUCUCUAUAAGCCGCCGUUUUGUCAUUGUGCUUAUCAUCAAUUCUAUCAGCUGAGCUAUUGUGACAUUAAAAUCGUAGCAGGCCACGUAUUUUUUUUUUUUGGGGGGGGGGGCACAAUACAGCCACGCCCUUACUGGUCUUUCCUUUAAAUAAUGUUUGAAAAUAUUGGGGGGGAAGGGGCUCAGUGCCCCACCCCCUGCUACGGCCAUGGAUAUUUUCGAUUGAAUUUGGACGCUGAAAAGGCAUGACACACUCUCGAGAGUGACAUAUCCCCCGCAUCUGAACUUAUUUCUUUGUUCGUCCAGGCUGACAAUCUGAUUACUGUCUAUCAGGGUAUGAGCCAGCCAUAUUUAUGCGAAUUAAUUGAUAAUUAUUUUGGUCUCUAAGCCACUAGAAGAAAUUCUGGGAAGUGUUAUUAUACAAAUUCAUCAAUCAAAACAGUUUUUUUAACUAGAUGUUAUUUACGUACGGGUAUAAAAUACAAACCCGGACUUGUGGCAUUUUGAUCUCCUAUACAAUCCCACAUGUACAUGCGAGUAGCGAAGGGCAUGGUGGGGGGGGGAGGGGAGGGUAAGGGGCGAGUGCACCCCUCUUCCCCACCCCUCAUCGCCUUUUUCUAGUCAACAAAAAAGCUAUUUUCGCUUAAAAAACACGGUCCUUGGUUAUGUGAAGCAUUCAUUCGAUGGAAUAUGUUAUAUAUAUAUAUACUUUCGUGUAAAAAGUUCUGUAUAUUCAAAUCAAAAAAAUAAUUAUAACAUCCAAGUUGUCCAGAUCUUUCGCCAGAAUACUUAAUGUGAUUCACCAAGCAUUGAUAUUUUUUGUCUUACAAGACAACUUUAGGGGGGGCCUUUGGGGCAUGAAGAAAUCAAUAAAGAACAAAAAUUUGUCAGAUUCGAAUACCAGUGUUUGGUGAUUUAAGUUAAACAUUUUACUGAUGAGAAUUUUAGUGAUCAGCUAGCGUCCCAUGGUCCACAGCUGCGAGGAUGGAGUUAGUGCCGAGUUUCCCUCGCUUUAUCAAGACGCAUUUUGAAUAGCUUUAAAAAGCAUGUUUCCACGUACAGCUUCUUCGGUUUUACCGAGGAAACAUGUUUUUCUUUGGUUCGUUUACUGCUUCAAAAGGGAAUUAUCGUUUAAUAAUUAGGGCAACUUGAGGCUCUUACGAGUACCCCAAAAAAUUUACGAUGGCAGAUUGGUUUAUAUUGCAUCAGGUAUACCAGCGACGCGGUGAUCUCCGUAGUCAAAACUGUAAACGUGAAUUUUUUUUAAACGCGGAAUAAAUGCAAUUUAUUGAAAUAUUUGUUGGCCCAGAUUCAUGCGUUAAAGAUUUCGCGGUAGUAAUUUUCCGAUGAGAACCUCCUGACAUAAAUAGCUAGUAUUCCAACAAAUCAAGAGAUAAUUCAUCACCAAUCAUCAAUGAUUAUUAUAAAUUUCUGGGAAAAAAUAAAACUUAUAACGUGGUUCCACUCGUGGUUUACACUCGACUUACACAUUCAAACUUAAAAAAAAAUUAUGAAUUUUAGUUUACAACGUUACCUCCAUACUAUCUUUAUCUCGUUGAAUAAUUUAUCUGUGAAUUAGUCUGUCGUAAAAAGGUUCCAGUGGGGUAUUUUCUGUAAAUAUGUUUAUCGAUUGAAAAAUAUACGCAAGAAAUCUGAA